AUGAACUCCAUCAGAAACGCCGGCAACUGGAUCUCCCAGAAGACCCAAGGCCAUGCCCAUCAAGCCAGCAAGGAGACCAACAAACAAAUAGCCAAAGACCCCAACGUCCGCACAUCGACCCGCGUGCGCGCGGCCGGCAACGCCAUGAAGGACGCCGUCAACGAGGGCACGCACAAGCGCCAGGGUGACGUCCACAAGCACGCCGCGAAGCAUAACUACUAG